AACUAAUUCUACUGGCAACAUAUGGUUAGUCAAUAAGCAGUUUAAGUACGCUCAAACAUGUCCAUAUUCUAGUUUAAUCGUAAUAACAUGUUCGAAGAGACAACUGAUAUUUUCAGCCAUCCUGUGGGUUAGUUGCUUGUUGAAAUCUUCAUACUUGGUUAGGAAAGCCUAUUUAUUGGAAGUGGAAAAUAAAAUGAAAAACACUUAAUGGGGUCUUACAUUGAAGAACUUGUUUCAGUGGUCAUGCAGGAUUUCGUGUUGUGGAACCUUUGUCGCCCAUAUUCGAUUGUGUAACCCUUUGGUGAGAUUAAUGUCCCAUAAAAUAGGACUGUGGGUUCCAACGAGUGAUUCGCAUUUGUUCUACGUUACUCAUUAUAUGAAUACUUACCAUUCAUCUGUGUGAAUGCUUUUUUAUCGUCUCAUUAUAUUUUGUAUUAUUGACAGUAGCACUGGAUCAUCCCGGUACAUGGUCAAUGAUAACUAGGAUGAAAUUACAGAGAAUACACACAAAAGUUUGCAAGUGUGAUGCAAGAUAAAUACUAAUCACAAAGAGUGUGGAAACGAAAUUCACAGAAACUUGAAAAUCUGGUUGUGUAGUGUAUAAAAUAAUUUUACAAAAGAUGUAUGUUCAAGAUAUGUUUAGGAAAGUCAAAGAAUUCGCUAAAAUACCAGUUUUCUGUUGUUUUUGAAAUCUAAAAUAAAAGUAGAUGCUUUAGAACGUUAUUGUAAAUUUUAUAGAAGACAAAGUAAAAUGAUUAGAAAUCGGUAUGUUGAAAAGAGACUUUUAUUUGUCUCUCAUCAAAGUAGACUCAGUUCAUCACCAUAUCUAUGACAUUUUGGGGUAGAAUAAUGUUUGUUUGCAGUUAAAUUCUCAUUCUAUAGCAACGUCUACUCAUUAAAUGCGGAAAUCUCUCUCCAUACAAAAUUUGAGACUAAAAGAAGGCACACUACCCGGAUUUAUGAGAACUUUUUGAAGUCUUUGCUUGAAAGGAAGCAGGCUUUUAAAUAGUUCUCUGGAAUGAAUAAAUCGAAGAGUAACAAAAACAAACCUAAGGGUGCCUCAGAUGGUGCGUCCUCUGUUUACGGGCAGACGGAUAAGGAACUAUCUGCAGUAUUAAUUGCAGAUCUUUUGUUUAACCGUUUUGAUCCGUUGAGUGAAUACAUCCCUCCAUGUUUACUUCCAUUGGGUAAUGUCCCUCUGCUGUACAUUAAUCUAUCUACACUUGCUUCUGAUGGGUUCAAAAAUAUCCUUAUAUAUACCAUUAAAAGUUAUAAGAAAAUCCAGACAUUUAUAAAGCAAGUUAAAUUAAAUAGUUAUUUCCCUGGGUUGAAGAUCCACGUACGAAAUGUUGAGAAAUGUCACAAUUUAGGUGAUAUUAUGCGGGAUCUUGAGUCAAGUGAAUUUCUUAAUGGAGUAUCAGACUUCUUACUGGCUCCUGCCGAUCUGAUAUGUGGCGUUUCUCUGACAAAAUAUGUGCAGAAACAUAAGGAGAGGCGUGAAAAAAUACCAAAUGCCAUACUCACCCUUCUGUUACCCUCCCUCACUGAGGUGGUAAGCCCAGUGCAAGCUUCUGAGUUUAAAGUUAAUGUUAUAUUUUCAAGAACUAAUAAUAAUCGUCUAAUAAACCUUUUCCACGAGUCUCAAGGUGAAGUCUCCCCAAUUUUCGUAAGCGAUGUCAUGAAAAGUGGAGAGGUCAUUGAGUCAUCUCAGUUAAUGGAUAUUCAGCUGGCUGUAUGCAGCAACCACAUACCACCGUUAUUUCAAGAUAAUUUUGAUUAUGAAACUAUGGAUGAUCUUGUUAAUGGAGUACUAACAAAUGAAGAAAUUAUGGAGUAUACUAUUCAUAUUGAACCAUUACCUAAAGGGCCAAUAGUAGUUCAAGCUGCUCCCGAUCUCAGUAGUUUGAUAGACUUAAAUUUCCGACUUCUGUCUCGACAAGGUGGAUUUUGUUUCUCAUUGCCACCGCUUUAUGCUAACUCAUCAUCUUUGGAUUCUGAAAUUUUAGCAGUUGGUCCACAAGUUUUUGUCUCUGCAUCGGCAAAAAUCCAUCACACAGCACGACUAAUUGGGGCUUGUUUUAUUGGACCCAAGUGUGAGGUUUCAGCUUAUGCUUGCCUGAUUGACUGCGUUUUGGGAGAUAGUUGUUUUAUAGGCGAAAAUGCGUGUUUACGUCGUGUUAUCGCUUUGGAUAAUGUUCGUAUUUAUGAUCACGUGAAAGCAGAUGUAGCUUGGUUGUGUUCCAAUGUCCGCAUAUUAUCUGGUUUCAAACUGUCCAGUAAUUGUUUCAUGGGACCAUCACCAACAACACCUGUGACUUUAGGCCCAGGAUCUGGAAAUUUACCGAAAAAUACCGUAUUGGUGGCACCUCGUUCUGGUGACAUAGUCUUGGAUCCUUCAGUUGGUGGAAAACAGACAUGGGCUACUUUUUAUAGGAGAAGACUGCUAUCAGGAACAAGUGGUUCCAUGGAAAAUCUUUCUGGAGAGGAUACAAAAUCUAGUCCAUUACAUUUAUCGUCAAAUAGUGCACUGGUAAACUCUUGCUUAUGGGAGACAGCUUGGGAUCGAAUUAAGCAUGCAGCUAAAACACGUCGACAAAAAAUGAAUCAAAGGCGUAGUUACAGUCGAACCAGUGAAAUGCAUUCCGGCAGGUCUAGCAAACCACGUCGUUUAACUAGCGAUAUAAUAGACAGUGAUGGAGAUGUAGACUGUCAGUCGAAAGAGACAUCAAAAAUCGAUAGUGAUGUUGACGAUGAACAAUCAGAAAAAUUCAUAAUUACUGAAUUCAAACGAACUUUAGAACGUGGUGAACGACAUUCAUAUCCUGCUGAAACUAUGAUACUUGAAGUGAAUUCAUUGAAACAUGCUUAUAAUGUGCCCAUUGAGGAUUUUGGCUUUUUACUAUCAAAGGCCUUAUUGGAUUUAACUCGGGAUCAUCUUUCUUCAGAAGCACAAAAUGAUUGCAGUAAAAGUAGUGUUGUAGAAUUCAUUACAAGCUUGCGUAAAUUUCUGUCCAAGUUCAAGAGUGUCUUAUCGUCGUGUAUGUCAGGUUUUCAGCAUACUGGUCGAAUUUAUCUUCAAGCUGUUGAAGACGCAGCAUGCUAUGAUCCGUUAAUAUUUGCCUCUUCUAUGUCUAUUAUUCAUACACUCUAUGAUUGUGAUUUAGUUUUAGAAGAUGAUAUCUGGUGGUGGAAAGACAAUUCACCACUUUUACUUGACGAGGAUAUUGCCGACAAGACUAAGUCAUUAAGGGAAAAGAUUAAACCCUUUCUUGACUGGCUUGAACAAGCUGAAGAAGAGGAAGAUGAUGAUGACUGACAGUGAUGAUAAGCAUUCUAGUGGCUUGAACAUUGUAAAGUAUCUUUAUUUUCUUUGUAUGUUAAUCGAAUUAUAUUUUUACUAUGCGUAGUAUUAAUGUAAAAUAAAGGAAAGACGGAG